AUGGCCUUUGUAACUUCAGAAUCCGAUUUCCAACACAUGCUUCGUGUUUGCAACACAAAUCUCGACGGUAAGAAAAAAGUCCCAUACGCGUUGACUGGGAUUAAGGGGUGCGGAAGACGUUUUGCUUUCCUUGUCUGCAAGCGUGCUGGUAUCGAUGUGAACAGACGUGCCGGCCUUUUGAAGGCUGAUGAAGUCGACAAAGUCGUCGACAUCUUGACCAACCCAUUGAACUACAAAAUCCCCGUCUGGUUCUUGAACAGACAAAAAGACAUUAAGGACGGAAAGAACUGUCAACUCAUUGCUAACGCCGUCGAGACUAGAUUGAGAGAAGACAUUGAAGCACUCAAAAAAAUGAGAGCUCACAGAGGUCUUAGACACUACUGGGGUUUGAGAGUCAGAGGUCAACAUACCAAGACUACUGGAAGAAGAGGAAGAACCGUCGGUGUCUCCAGAACCAAAGCUCCUUCCGCUUAA